CAGAACACGGAAGCAAAACAAACACGUUUAUUCAUCCAUGGCAUACGCUCUGUGUUCCUGGGACCGCAGAGGUUGAUUUGUCGUAUUAAAAGAAGUUCAACGAGCCUUUACAAAUGUGCGCUGCUCCUGCAGAAGAGCUGGUGAAGCAGUGGGAGAGUGAGCAGGCUCGUCUCAGGCAGCAGGUGGUGGAGGAGGAUACCGAGGACUGGCAGAGGAGUCCAGACUUCUCCGGACUGGAGCGCAUCGGAGGAGUCGACCUCUCCUUCAUCAAAGGGGACGAUGUCAACGCCUGUGCUCAGCUGGUGGUGCUCAGCUACCCUGACCUGGAGCUUCUGUAUGAGGACAGUCAGAUGGUGACUCUCACCGCCCCGUACAUAGCUGGCUUCCUGGCCUUCAGAGAAACCCCCUUCCUCCUGGAGGCUCUGCAGCGGCUGGAGAGGAACCAGCCUGAACUCCUUCCUCAGGUUGUGUUCGUGGAUGGGAACGGCCUCUUUCACUACAGAGAGUUCGGCCUGGCGUGUCAUCUCGGGGUGCUGUCGGGGCUGCCUUCAGUGGGCGUGGCCAAGAACCUGUUGCAGGUACAGGGUGUGGACAAGAGUGAAGCGCAUCAGUCACAGAUAGCUGCUCUGCAGAAAGGAGGAGACAGCUUCCCACUCACAGCCGCCUCAGGCAAAGUGCUUGGAAAGGCACUUCGAAGCUCCGACAAGAGCUCUAAGCCAGUGUACGUGUCAGUCGGCCACAAGAUCUGUUUGGACACAGCCGUACGCCUCACACACUCCUGCUGCCGCUACCGGGUCCCUGAGCCUAUCAGACAGGCUGACUGUCGCUCCAGGGAAUACCUUCGCAUACACUUCCCAGCUGUGGAUACAUGAAUCAAAAAAAUGAGGUUGUCAAAGAUGCAGCAGAAGACCAUAAGAGCCGGGACAGAAGGCAACUACAACACAACCCUCCAAUUAUCUUAGAGUGUGUGUUCGUGUGUGUGUGUGUGUGUGUGUGUGUGUGUGUGUGUGUGUGUGUGUGUGUGUGUGUGUGUGUGUGUGUGUGUGUGUGUGUGUGUGUGUGUGUGUGUGUGUGUGUGUGUGUGUGUGUGUGUGUGAGAGAGAGAGAGAGAGAGAGAAAUGUAACAUUCAUGUGCCUUUAAAAGUGUAUCUGUUGUAGACCCAAGACACAAUCUGAUUAACUGUAUCUUUUUAUGCAGUCGCUCUACAUUUUAAACGGAUACGGGUCACAGUGACUCUUUUUAUAUACUGUUCUCAUUACAUUUUGGGGUCACGCAGCUUUUUUACACUUGGAGCCUUGUAAAUUAAUAAUAAAGGUCCCUGAUCUGCUUCAAAGGCCUGGUCAGCUCUUAA